UCUAUACGGCAGUUUGCUCUCUCGUUCAUUAGGGCAUUAGAGUAUUAAAAUUUAAAAUAAAACUUGAACAAAAGUUACAUUCAGAGUGGUACACGAUUGGUAUUUAGAUUACGACUGACUAUGGCAGGACUUACUGGUGAUGCAAGACGUGUUAAGAAAGAUGUCCUAGCGGAUCUAGUGUCACUUAAACACGAUUGUCAAAACUGCAUCAUGGAAGCUUCAAUGCGGAAGGCAGUUCUUGCAGAAUCGGAAAAAGACAUUAAGGAAGAUAUGAAAGUAAUAAUAAAUAAACUGAACAUGCUGCUGAAGGUGAUUCAUGACACCGCCAGAUUUGUCGCCUCGCAAGAAGUUACAAAAGAAACAGAAAAAGUAAACGAUGAAAUAAUAUUCCUUGAGGAGCAGCACAAGAGCCUGGAAGAAAUGGAAGAAUAUGUUAAAGACAAGACGUCAACUACAAAUAUGAAACCAUUACAAAUAGGCAAGGAAAAGUGCGAAGAAACACGAGAAAGAAUUGAUCAGUAUAAACUAGGUAUCAUGAAAAGAUCAGCGAAGUUCGUAUUACAUCCUUUGCUCGCACAAAUUUUGGAGCAGAUGGAAACUUUCUCUUUGGGAAGCACAAUGAUCCUACCAGUGGAAGAUGAGUUUGAUGAAGAAGCCGACGACUUGCAAGAAUUUGAUAAAACCCUGUCAGAUUCACUGAAACGAGAACCAUCAUCUGACCCAAUGAAGACGUCUUUUAUGCGAUCAAACUCAUCAAAAUUGAUAAACCUUUCAAAUAAGAAGCAGGGAACUGUUUCUUCUAGACCGGGCUCCAAAUUAGAUAAUUCGUCUGUAUCAAAAAUAUCGGUGUCAAGGCAAAGUUCAAAACUUGAAUCAAAUGCAUCAACGCCAAGAAAAGAGGAAGUGCAGAAAAAAUCUAAACUUAUUACACGUUCAAAGACCAACGCUGCUGUCAAAGAAGAGGUUAAUGAGGAUGACGGAAAACAUAGUUACAGGGCUAUUGCCGGUCUCAAGGCGACACUGGCUGAACGUUCUGCGUCUGCUCCUUUAUUCAAAUUGCCGUCAAGACAGGAAAGUGUGUUCAUAGCAAAAAAGACAGAAGAGGCUCCAACUUUACCAGUAAAAUACAGAGAUUGUUUCGAGACCAAGAAACACUCCAAUGGAUGUUACAUCACAGGUGUAGCAGUGCUGGCAAACGGACAUGUUGUCCUUUGCGAUAGUGUACACGACUCACUGCAAGCAUUCGACGCUGAAUUUCAGCAUGUAUCAGAGAUGAUAUGUCCGCAUCCAUGGGGAGUGGCCGCGGUUUCAGACACAGCAGUCGCUGUCACUUUACAUUAUGAUCAUAAAGUCAUACUCGUACAAGCAGCAAACGAGUUGGAAAGAAUAAACGAGAAGGACAUCAUAUUGAAAUGUAAAGCAUCUUUAUUGUAUGACAUUAAAUACUAUGCAUACAGAAUAUACAUCCUUUGCAUCGAAGGGGACAUUCAUAUUGUUGACCUAAAAGGGAGAGAGUAUGGAGUUAUCAGAACAAAAAUGCCAUCAAAUACUUUAAAAUACUUCGAUAUAGAUGAAAAGAAUGAAAAUGUUAUCAUAUCAGGGGAGAAGGGCAUCGUUUGCUUGAAUUUCCAAGGAUUGCCUUUAUGGAACUUCAAAACACAAAACAAGUCACGUUUAGUUUGCACGGGCGUUCUUUUUUACAAAGGGUAUAUUCUUAUUUGUGACUGGGAGAAUAAUAGUUUGGUGGAGAUAUAUGAGGACGGCGAGAGGAUGAGGACUGUCUAUAACGAUAGAAUUGAGAAACCGGUGGCAAUUUGCAAGUCAGAAAAUAGUGGUGAUAUAUUUGUUACACAGGGAGAUAUGGAGCUAUCUGAAGAUAAGGCGAGAAGCGUGAAAGUGUUGCAAGUUGAUAUGGAAGAAAAAUGAGAUGUGAGGAUAUGUGUAGAUGUUGCAUCCUCUUAAUUGAAAAAACAUUCUAUCUAAAUAAUUAUCAAAUUGCCAUUGCUAUUAAGAAUGUAUCUGUAAUUAACUUCUAUGUAAGAAAUUCAUCCCAAAAUAUGCUAAAUUUUGUUUGAUUUUAGCGACAUUAUUCAAAAUUUGAAAUACCAUAUGUUUAUAAUCAUUUUUGAACUGAUAUUUUCAUCUAUUAUAUAAACAAAUUAUAUACAUGAACUUACAUUUGCAUUUUAAAAUGUGCUAGUGUACUUUCAUUCUAAUAUGUGGUUCGUUUGAAAUUGACAUUGUAAUCUGCCAU